GACUAACAACAUCAUUGCAGAACUAGAGCAGGGAACUUUUGAAGGAUUAUCUUCACUCAGAAUUUUGAAUUUAUCGUCGAGCCAUUUGAAGUAUUUACACCAUGGACUCUUCGAGGGCCUAGAAAACUUAAGAAUGUUGGAUCUGAGCUACAAUCCCAUACUGCAUAUUGAGGAGGGAGCAUUCGCCAACUUACGGAACCUUGUAUAUCUGUUUUUUGUUGAAGUAUACCUGCCAUCCAUUGAACCAGAUAUCAUCAGCAAUCUUUCUUCUCUCACGACCGUGUCUGCAUCUGACAACAGGCUAUGCUGCCUUCUUAGCGACCAAGAGAACGUCACGUGUGCAAGGACGUCUCCUAAGAGUCCCCUAGAAACGUGUGGCAGACUCUAUCCAAGCGUCGUACUGGGGGCCUUUGGCUGGAUCAUAGGUUUUACCGCUCUGGUCGGUAACAUCAACGUACUUGUCCUACGAUUACGCCAAGACCGGAACAUUAAUGUUCAAACACUGUUGAUAAUUAAUCUAGCCGUCGCUGACUGUCUUAUGGGUGUCUAUAUGAUUUUCAUCACAUCAGCUGAUAUUCAUUUUGGUGAAACUUUCUUUCUAAGUGCGCCAUGGUGGCGCGAUUCUAUUCUCUGCAAGGUAGCGAGUGUUCUGGCGUUCAUAUCAAGUGAACUGUCCGUUCUAACAUUAACCUUAAUCACCCUUGAAAGGCUCAUUUGUAUCUUGUUUCCUUUCGGGAAAUACCGAUUUGAUCUGAAAGUGACCCGUGUACUUCUGGUCGCUUUGUGGAUUAUAGUGUUUAUGGUUGGUCUUGUACCGUUCUUGCUUGACUCACAUCUUUCGGGCAUAUAUGGACUUUCCGAUGUGUGUCUUGGUUUGCCACUACACGUGGAUUCGGGAGAGACCGGUAUUCUGCGAUUCGAGAGAGAACUCCCCUGGUCGGAAGAAUUCGUUGUCGUCUACGACGUUAUCAGUAGUGACAGCCGACCCUCGUGGAUAUACUCCGUUGUCAUCUUUAUUGGCUUGAACAUGGUACUGUUCAUAGUUAUUUUAGUUUGCUACAUCUCAAUGUUCAUAGCAGUUCAGAGAUCCGCUCGAUCUGUUGGAAACUCGAAAAUGAGAGGGAGGGAUAUUACAGUUGCAAGGAAAAUGGCGUUUAUCGUAUUAACCAACUUUGCCUGCUGGAUGCCCAUCAUAAUUAUGGGUAUUCUUACCCAAACAGGGCUGGUUGUGUUACCAAGUUCUCUGUACGCUUGGACAGUGAUCUUCAUCUUGCCAAUCAACUCCUCCAUAAAUCCACUGCUCUAUACCUUCUUGAAUAGUCAAGUCAGAAGGCGAAAACGCAAGGGGGGCAUGUCUUUACUGCCAUCUAUUUCACGGAACAUCGAUGUCAAAGGGGUCAAUGUAAGCCAUAUACAUACUGACAAUUCUACCGGGGAAACUCGUGCAUGAAAAAGACUGGGACGUGCUACCCGAGAGAUGUUCGGGGUGAAACAAUAGGGACUUUUAGA